UUUCGUGUGUCGAGGGUCCGACCGUCAGCUGAUGGCGUGAAGCCUCAGAGUCGUCGGCUCAUCGCUCAGUAAUCAGACGACGCGCCGCAGUUUCUGAUAACUUGUGUUUCUUUUCCAGACAAGAAGACGCUGGGCGGUCCAGAUCCCAUGAAUGCCCUGACUAACCUGACAGGGGUUGGAGGGGGCCCGGGCGCCAUUGGCAUGGGGCCUCGCCCCACCGGUGCUCCAGUGGGUGGCAUGGGGGCCAUGGGGCAGAUGCAGAUAGGCCAGCAUGCCAUGGCAGGGGUGGCUGGAAACCCACAAGCCAUAGGGGGUCCGGGCCAGAUGCCGAUGCAGCAGAUGGUUCAGGCGCAGCAGCAGCAGCAGCAGUCCAUCCAGUUCCAGCAGUUCCAGCAGGCCCAGCAGCAGCAGCAGCAAUGA